CGUCCUCGCCCCGCCGGCCGCCCGGCCCCUCCCCUCCCUCGCGAGCUGCGCACCGCCGGCCCCGCUGACCCAGAGGCUCGCGCCCGCGCCCUUGUCCGUCCGACCGGCGACGGGCUCCCUGCGGCCGGCAGCAUGAGCGGCGGCGGCGACGUGGUGUGCACCGGCUGGCUGAGAAAAUCGCCCCCCGAGAAGAAGUUGAGGCGCUAUGCCUGGAAGAAACGCUGGUUUAUCCUGCGGAGUGGCCGGAUGAGCGGUGACCCAGAUGUUCUGGAAUACUACAAGAAUGAUCACUCUAAGAAGCCCCUGCGUAUCAUCAACCUCAACUUCUGUGAGCAGGUGGAUGCAGGCCUGACCUUCAACAAGAAGGAGCUGCAGGAUAGCUUUGUGUUCGACAUCAAGACCAGCGAGCGUACCUUUUACCUGGUGGCCGAGACAGAGGAGGACAUGAAUAAGUGGGUCCACAGCAUCUGUCAGAUCUGUGGUUUCAAUCAGGCUGAGGAGAGCACAGAUUCCCUGAGAAACAUCUCCUCGGCCAGUCACGGGCCCCGCUCCUCUCCAGCCGAGCUCAGCAGCUCCAAUCAGCACCCUCUGCGAGAACGAAAAUCCUCAGCCCCAUCGCACUCCAGUCAGCCCACCUUGUUCACGUUCGAACCACCCGGCUCAAACCACAUGCAGCCCCCACUGUCCACCAGCGCGCCUCAGGAGUACGUCUACUUGCACCAGUGCAUAAGUCGGAGGGCAGAAAAUGCCAGGAGUGCCAGCUUCUCUCAGGGCACCAGGGCCUCGUUCCUCAUGAGGAGUGACACAGCCGUACAGAGACUUGCCCAGGGCAAUGGACACUGUGUCAAUGGGGUCAGUGGUCAAGUCCAUGGCUUCUAUAGCCUCCCCAAGCCGAGCCGGCACAAUACAGAAUUCAGAGACAGUACGUAUGACCUCCCCCGGAGCCUGGCCUCCCAUGGCCACACCAAGAGCAGCCUCACAGGCUCUGAGACAGAUAACGAGGAAGUGUACACCUUCAAGACACCCAGCAACACCCUGUGCCGGGAGUUUGGGGACCUCCUGGUGGACAAUAUGGAUGUUCCAGCCACCCCACUCUCAGCCUACCAGAUCCCUAGGACGUUCACGCUGGACAAGAACCACAAUGCCCUGGCAGUGGCCACUCCUGGGGACUCAAGCAUAGCUCCCCCACCCAGACCUCCCAAGCCAAGUCAGGCAGAAACACCUCGAUGGGGCAGCCCUCAACAGAGACCUCCACUCGGUGAAAACAGCAGAUCGGUCUCUGCCGCGGCCACCAUCCCCAGGCGCAACACGCUCCCUGCGAUGGACAACAGCCGACUUCACCGAGCUUCUUCCUGCGAGUCCUACGAGUACCCUCAGCGUGGUGGAGAGAGUGCGGGCCGCUCUGCAGAGUCCAUGAGUGAUGGUAUCGGUUCUUUCCUGCCAGGGAAAACACUUAUAGGCCGAUCGGAUAGCAGCAAUUCUGAAGACAACUACGUGCCCAUGAAUCCAGGUUCCUCCACCCUGCUGGAGCGAGCAGGCGACAAUUCCCAGAGCGUCUACAUCCCCAUGAGCCCAGGGCCCCAUCACUUUGACCCCCUUGGCUACCCCUCAACAGCCCUUCCUAUGCACCGAGGCCCCAGCCGAGGGAGUGAGAUCCAGCCUCCCCCUGUCAACCGCAACCUCAAACCAGACCGGAAAGCAAAGCCAACACCGCUCGACCUGAGAAGCAACACUGUCAUUGACGAGCUCCCCUUCAAGUCCCCGGUCACCAAGUCUUGGUCUAGGGCCAUCCACACCUUCAACCCCAGCUCUUCCCAGUGCUGCCGCCCCGUCUCCACACAGAGCAUCACCAGCACGGACUCAGGAGACAGCGAAGAGAACUACGUCCCUAUGCAAAACCCGGUGUCUGCAUCGCCCAUUCCCAGUGGCACCAACAGUCCAGCCCCUAAGAAGAGCACCGGCAGUGUCGACUACCUGGCCCUGGACUUCCAGCCAAGCUCCCCAAGCCCCCACCGCAAGCCAUCCACGUCUUCUGUCACUUCCGACGAGAAGGUGGACUACGUCCAAGUGGACAAGGAGAAGACCCAGGCUCUGCAGAGCACCAUGCAGGAGUGGACGGACGUGCGGCAAUCCUCGGAGCCUUCCAAGGGAGCCAAGCUGUGACCAGGCCACCGAGCCUGGAGGGGGGCCUGGGGCACCACAGCUGGCUCCUCCCCGCCUCCCCAUUCUCCUCUCCCAUAGCCUCUCCCUCCCCCACCCCCUCCACUCUGCCGCUCUGGCCUUUGACACACUUGACAUCAGGGACCUGAACCCUUCCCUGGGAGGCGAGGGCCUGAUUGAGGCACUUCCUCUGCCCACUCGGGGCCCACCUUUGAUUUGUAUUAGCAAUGGCCAUGCCUCUGUUCACCUUAGAGCUAUUGCCAAAAAGCAUCCUUCAGCCUCUUCCUGCCCUUUAGAUCUGCGUAUACCCAUAGACGUGUGGAGGGAAGGCUGGGGCUCCGAGCCGGAUGCCAUGCCUCACUCGGUCACAACCCUGAGCCCCGGGGCUGCCUCCUUCAGUCCCUGAAGAAGCCCGUUUUCUCACUGACCAGGAAGACAAGGACCAGCAGACCAAAGUGGGCAUGGCCUUCAUCCCUGUCUGUCUCAGCACAGGAGAGGCAAGGCCACCAAACGAUGAAGUCAAGAAGGAAGGUUAGAGGUGGUCUUGAGGGACAAGAGAAUUACAUCCCCAGGUGCAGAAGGCAGUUGGCCCCUGCAGUGGUCCCCCCCUUUCAGCCAAGUGGCAGUGCCACUGUGCAGGUUGGCAGAGGCAGAAGGAUGAGGACAAAAGGACAGGAAGGCUGAGGAGGAUGAGGAACCGAGAACAGGGAGAGGGCUCUGAGCCCAGGAGAUGGGGGAGAAGGGCAGCACGGAGUCAGGCCCUGGGGCUGUGGAGCCGCAGGCCCACUCUGCUGCUUCCCCGAGACUCGACGUUCCCACCACCUAAGGGGACGGUCGGUGGGAGAAGCUUGGACUGGGCUGGGCGGGGAGCUCGGUGAGAGGAGGCUGGUGGGGCCGUGAGGAAGCAAUGCAAGGUGCAGGAUGGAGGGAGCAUGGGGGGUGCUGGAGGCGAUGCGGGGUGCAGGAGAGGGCAACCCUGGGACCUGAACGGGCUGGGCAGAGGCAUAGGGCAGUGCAGCAGCGGGAGGCGCAGGUAACGAUGGAUGAGAGGCAGGGUUGAGGCCAUGGGGCCAGCAUAGCGAGUGGGAAGAUACCCUAUGGGCCUGGUGGAGGCAGUGCCAGAGGGGGGCGUGCAGAGUGCAGCAGAAUGGGAGAGGGUGCUGUGUCGUGUUGGGAGUGACGUGUGGUGGCGUGACACAAGGGCAGCUCCCAGGACUGACGGACAACGGGGAGAGCAGUGCAGAGAGCAAACGGGGCAGGACAGAGCCUGGAGGAGACACGUGGGGAUAUGACAGCUUAUGCAGUGGGGCCGGGGUCGUGCCCCGGUGCAGGGCAGAUCUGAGCGUGGCCCAGUGCCAGGUCAGUGAUUCUCCGCUCACCUUCUGUUGGACCCUCGCAUCCCAGGUGCCGGCUUGGAGUGACCCCUGGCUUCAGGGACAGGAGAGGCCAGGCUUCUCCCGAGGCUGGAGAGGCCAUCAGAUCAGUGCCAGUCCCCACCCACCCCUGCCAGGGACAGGAAGUAGGGAUCACCCCAGGCUCCUCCCCAGCUUGGGGUGCCGGGAAGGGGGUAUCUGAAUAUUUCUAUGCUGAAAGUUCUUGGCCAAUUUUCUCAAGUUUCAGAGACACCUGGGAAGCCCAGAUGUUUCACCCUAUGCUGUGGAGCAGACUCAUCGCAAAAAAUAUAAAAAUAAAAAGUCUUCCCACAGUAACGAAUAGAGGUGGCCACUGCUCCCCUUUAGCUUCUGGGGGUGUACACACCCCUCACCAGCCCAAUGGCCUUGACCACUCCCUGAGAGGCACCAUCCUGGGAGGAAGUAUUUUCUCAGCAGUAGUCCCUCCCGUAUUAGGUCAAAUCAGCUCAGCCAGCGGUCAUUAACGGCUGCCGUGGCCAGGCUCUGGACCAGGCACUGGAAACACAGGACUGAAUCAGACUAUCCCUGCACUUAAGAAGCUCACAGUCAGCGAAGAAAACCGACAAGGACCCAAGGCAUUGAUAAUGGCCAUGGGAAAGACUUAAAAUGCUGAUGUCCCCAUUCCUAGGUGGGAAGCACAACCAUGCUGACAUACCUGGAGCUUGAGCAGAGGAAGUGGGGCUGCUUCCCCAGGGGUCAGGGCCAGGGCAGGUGUGGGAGGGGGCGGGGAUCAGAAAAGGGGGCUUCUAGGGAGAGGAGGUACCUGAGAUGGGUCUUGGAAGAAAGUGGGUCAGAUUUUGAAGGGAAGGAUAGCAGCGCUGGGCCCAGUGCAGGAGGAAGAGAGGAGAGACUUGGGAAGUUUGGGGAAUGAAAGACCUUGGGGAGUGUGGGUCCAUGCCUCCGUGUUCCCACAGGUGAAACGGCAGCGGUGGCAGUGGCCUGCAGCAGGCAGGGUUCGCCAGUUCACUCUGUCCAGCCCCGACUGUAUCCCUUUAAGGGCCCUCCCGUGCAGGGUCUCAGGUGGCAGAGCUUUCAAUGGUGCCACCCCUGAGCCCCAGCAGGCCACCCACGGGCCCAAGUGUUGAUGCCCUCAGCCCCGGCCCCAGCAGCCUCCUCUGUUAACCACUGGGUGCCCACAUGUCAGUGUUUUCUGAGUGUGCCCGGAUGUGAAUUAAAUUGGUUGGAGUCUUCAGAGAUGGUGUUCUAAUCUAAUCUGCAAGGAGACCUCCAUUCAGUUCUUGGUUCCUAGAACUCCCAAACCCUUAGGGCCGAGGCAGGGGCAGAGACGGGAGGAAGCACAUGAGAAGAGGGAACUGGCUCACAGCCCCAGCCUGCCGAGUAUUUAGUACAUACCUGUCAGCUCAGUUUUAAAAACCAGUCCCUUGGCCUAUCAGUGCGUCAACAUCCACCUCUCCCGGUGGCCCAGCAAGACUGGGGACGCUUUCCCGGAGUGGUUAACCGGGGGCCCAUCCUGCCUGGGGCUCCCCACAGCAGGAGCCGUCCUGGCCCACAUCUGCAAGGCUACAGACAGCAGAGCAGGGGCAGUGAGAGGAGGAGCGAGUGCUGCGGGCAGACGGGUCUCCCUUGCACCUCGGUUUGCCUGCCCGUGACGGGCGGGUAGACAGACGGGCAGUGUCUGAGGCCCCCGAGGCAGCGAGGCUCUUCUGUUUUAAGGGAGAAGUCCCUGUUCUGUGGCCUCCCUUGAGGGUCUGGACCACCCGGGCUAGGCAGCCAGUGAACCUGGUCCCCUCCCUGUAUUGAGUGUGGUAACCUCCACAUUUGAACCAUUCAACUCCGCCCGGAUCGUAGGACUGAAGCACAACCACUCCGAAGUGACUGGAGCAGGGGCCCAACUCCGGCCUGCCCCUUGCCCCUUCACCUGCCACAGGGCUGAGUCCUCAAGGCCAAGCGCAGCCAAGCAGCCCACCCCUGACCCACACCCUGUGGGUGACAGGGCUCUGGAAGCCGAGUGUAGCACAGGAGGGAGGGAGCCAGUCUGUCCCUGUCUGCGACCCUGGGCGAUGAGGCCAGCCCCGUGAGCGCUACAGCCCCUCCCACGGGGCCAUCGUGCUGGGACUCCGAGCCCUUGGCCCCAGGCCAGAUCGGCCACCCAAGGGGCGUGGGUCCCAUUGGAGAUUCUGGCUGUCAUGUGAUAUUUGGUGGUGUGUGUUCUUGUGUGUGUGUUGGUUACCUGUGUCUUGAAAGUUAGAAUCAUUUACACAGAGUUAUUGAUAUUUGUCAGGAAACAGAAAAUGGGCCAGGAGAAGCCCAGUCUUGGGCUCUUGCCCUGUUACCAUUUAAAAUUGACAUUUAAUUUUUCAAAUCACUGUUGGUGCCUAAUCACUUAAGUUAUUAAUUUAUUAUUUUCUUUUAAAAAAAUUUGUAACACGUAUUUAUCCUGUGGGUAGGUCUGGGGCGGGUGGGCACGCGCUCACGGGGGUCCCGUCUGUGCUGGGGCGGCCUGGCGCCAGCGGGGCCCCUUCACAGUGGAGUUGGAGCAGGACGACAAUAAAGUCCGUUAGACACGA